AUGGAGCGCGAGAAUAUUUACAAGAUUCCUCGAGCCAUACUUUUACGAGGAGAUGGUUCAUACCAAGACUCCAACGGGCUGUCGCAAGGAACUUUGCCAUCAAGGGUUAAAUACUGCGGCCGAUCGGUGACUGAUAAAGAGAACGCUCGUGAAGACCGGGAGUGCUUCCCGGCGAUCUCCAUGGAGACGGUUUCCGAAGGUGUCGAUAACCCUUCAUCAUCAGCAGAUAAGCGAGCAAGAGACUGGGUUCGGUCUCCGGGCCUGCUCUUGAUAUCAGUAGACGAUGUCGGAGACAGCCAGAGGUCCGGCGUGCGGGUUAUUUCGGGGUUCCAAAUACGGUUCGAGGAAAAGCAGGUCUCCGAGUAUUCGGGCUUUGGCUCCAGCUGCGGUGCUCAGUUCAACCUGCCAACCCCCACCCCUAACAUUCCGAGACAACCCAUGAAGUUGAUGGAACUGCUCAUCGAAGACGACCGGAAUGUUGACCGCCACUUGACCCCCAAAAACGUGUCGGUGACAUUCGCCGAGCCCCGAACGGCACCGGUGAACUGGACGAUUCCUGUACCUGAAGAGAUCUCGACGGUCUGGGACCGUUGCCUGGUACGGGUUGUCGGUGGUUUCAGAGUAGCGGAGAUCUCCGUCCUCGGCGGUCUUGCCGUGGUCACAAGACCAAUUUCCUAA